CUUUGGUUCGUUCUAAACGUCAGUUAGUCGUCAAAUAACCUAUAUUUUUUUGUAUUAUUGUUACGAAAACAAUAACCUUCGAGGUUAAUUACAAUCAUUAUUUAUGUGCGAUAAGGUCAUACAAAACCAGUUUACAUGCUUAUCCUCAACACACUUACGAUUUUGCUACAAGUAGCGUUUAUAGUGUCUAUGUCACUGCUGUCCAUGAAUAUAAUCCGAUAUUUUACUGGUGGUGUUAAAAAAAUGGCUUUAAUUGCUCCAGCUAUGUUCGUUAACCACGGAGGAGGCCCUAUGCCGCUUUUGGGAGACAAAGAUCACGCAGGACUGACGAAUUUCUUGCGAGACGGUGUCCAAAAACAUUUGAAUUUAAAAGAGAUAAAAGCUAUUAUUCUUGUGACUGCGCAUUGGGAAGAGAGUGUUGUGACAAUAUCUUCUGGUAAACAUCACGAUCUAUACUUCGAUUACUACGGAUUCCCGCCAGAAACUUACAAGUACAAAUACGACGCUCCCGGAGAUCCGGCUCUUGCGGAAAGAAUUCAUCAUACGUUGAAAAAGGCGGGAAUAAAUUCGAAAUUGGAUUCGAAAAGAGGUUGGGACCAUGGAGUUUUUGUGCCAAUGAUGUUGAUUAAUCCUUCAGCCAGUGUUCCUAUAGUACAAAUCUCAGUGUUGUCCAAUCAGGAUCCUGAACAACAUUACAAGCUUGGGCAGGCAUUAUAUGAGUUUAGGAAAGAAGGUGUAGCCAUAUUAGGGUCUGGAAUGUCCUAUCAUAACAUGAGAGAAUUCAUGUUAGGCCGACACCAAUCAUCGGUAGUGAACAAAGAAUUUGAUGAAUACCUGAAUAAAGUAUGUACUGCAGAGAGUGAGGCUGAACGAAAAGAGGGAUUAUUGUCUUGGAGACAGCAAAAAGGGGCUACGGAAGCCCAUCCGAUGAGGGCAGCUGAGCAUUUCAUGCCGUUGAUAGUAAUUGCGGGCGCUGGGGGCUCCAAACCUGGGCAGCGUAUCUUUAAUUGGGACAUGAGUGGUGUGUUCCGACUGAGUGCCUUUGUGUGGAAAGAUGAGUGAUUGCUUUGUUGUAGAAAAUGAAAAUUCUAGAUUAAAUCAGCACUUCGCAAAAUAUUGUUUACAUAAGCAUGAUGCAGGCAUUUCUUGUUAUUUCAAGUUGGUUUCAUACCUAAAAAUAUUAUGAAUCAAUUAAUUAUAAAGAUAUAUCCAACUAAUAUUUUUUAUUUGAAAAUUUGUGAGAAUGUAUGUAUGUUUGUUAUUCUCUAACACAAAAACCACUGGACCGAUUUGGUUGAAAUUUGGUGUGUAGAUAGAUGAUACCCUGGAUCAUAGCUGUUUUUUUUUAACAUACCAUGUGGGUGAAGCCGCGGGUGGAAGCUAGUGAUGAUGUGAUGUUAUAGGUAGGUAUAAUGCAAUAUUUUGAAUUCCUCAAUCAAGUGGUUUUAUGUAUUUUUUCCGCAUUUCAUAACUUUUUGAGCUGGUACAAAACCAGCAACUUCAUAUGUUUAU